AUGGCCUCGCGUCUUGCUGAAGCCGGAUGGCAGCUUUUGAGUCGGCAACUCGAUGAUGAUUCUGACCCUGGUGGUACGACGCUUCCCAAUGCUUAUAUCUACGCGAAACAUCCCGCUUCCCCUUUCAUUGUGACCGAUCUCGGCGAUGCGGCGCCAGGGGAGGAGGAGGAAGAGGAGCGAAUGGAGAUGGACGCCAACUUCUUCCAGAAUAUCGGCGUUAUCCUCACCUUCGCCUUUGCCGGUACUUUUCUUUCGGCUAUCGUCAUCGGGUUUCUCAUCUGGUUCUUCUCGCUCUUCCCCGGAACCAUGGAUUUGAGCCUCGUGGAUGCCAUCUCCGUCGGAGCCACCCUCUCGGCCACCGACCCUGUAACGAUUCUGGCCAUAUUUAAUUCGUACAAGGUGGACCCUAAACUCUACACCAUCAUUUUUGGGAGUCGAUCUUGA